GUAUAUGACAGCUAUACGUUGCCGUCUAGCCACUUGGAGGAGGCAGCUGAGUUUACGUGUUGUUCUCUACAGCUCGUCCGAAGGGAACCGUACUCGCGAUUCUAUUCUAGACAUCACAAAUUGUCACGUGACCAGAAUGAAGCGUAUUCAACCUCAGUGGAAAGAGCCUAAUAGUGACCCGCCGGUGUUAAGAUUGUUGAACAGUUUGACAAGGCAAAAGGAACGGUUUGUUCCUGCAAGUGGACGGCGGGUGUUGUGGUAUAGCUGUGGACCAACUGUGUAUGAUGCAUCCCACAUGGGUCAUGCUAGGUCAUACAUCACAUUUGACAUUUUGAGAAGAGUUCUUCAAGGCUACUUUAACUAUGAUGUAUUUUAUGUAAUGAACAUCACAGACAUUGAUGACAAGAUUAUUCAGCGAGCAAGGAGAAAUUUUCUUAUGUCCAAUUAUGUGAAGUCACAACCAUCAGUGGAAGUUGUUCUUCAAGAUGUUGAAAAAUCUAUGCAAUGCCUUGCUGCAAAACUGUCUGCAACUUCUGAUCCAGACAAGAGAGAAAUGAUAAAGAAAAUGACAAUGAAAGUAGACGAAUCAGUUUUGAAAGUGAAAGAAAGUGACAAGAAUAAUGAAGAUGCACUCAAGGUUUUGUUGGAUGAAGCUAAAGAUCCAUUGUCUGCAUGGCUUGAUUCCAAGCAUGGAGCAGCUGUCACUGAUCACAAAAUAUUCACGGCAUUGACUCAAUACUGGGAGAGAGAGUUUCAUCGUGACAUGGCUGCUCUGAAUGUUUUGCCAGCUGAUGUUUUAACAAGAGUCAGUGAGUAUGUUCCUGAAAUUGUUUCAUAUGUGGAGAAAAUUAUUGAGAAUGGAUAUGGAUAUGAAUCAAAUGGAAGUGUCUAUUUUGAUGUUGUGAAGUUUGCUUCGUCACCAAACCAUGUCUAUGCAAAACUAGUACCAGAAGCUGUAGGAGAUCUUGAAGCAUUGGCCGAAGGAGAGGGAGAAUUGAGUGUUUCCGCUGAUAAGCUUGGAGAAAAGCAUUCAGAGAAAGAUUUUGCCUUGUGGAAGGCUUCCAAGCCAGGUGAACCAGAGUGGGACUCACCCUGGGGCAAGGGUCGUCCUGGGUGGCAUAUUGAAUGCUCUGUUAUGUCAUGUGACAUUCUUGGAUCUGUUAUUGACAUUCACACAGGAGGUGUUGAUCUUAAAUUUCCUCACCAUGACAAUGAAAUUGCUCAAGCAGAGGCACAUUACCUCAGUGAGCAGUGGGUUAACUAUUUUUUACAUGCUGGACACCUUACAAUUGAAGGAUGCAAAAUGUCGAAAUCUUUAAAGAACUUCAUCACGAUCAAGGAAGCUCUUCAUCGUUACACUGCUUGUCAGUUGAGGCUAGCCUUUCUUCUUCAUUCGUGGAAUUCCACUCUUGAUUAUAGUGUUAAUACCAUGAAAGAAGCUGAACAAGCAGAGAAGUUGUUCAAUGAAUUCUUUCUUAAUGCCAAAGAUAUUCUUCGAUCACAAUCAAAGGAAAAUGAAGCAUUUGUGAAAUGGAGUGGUGUUGAGAAGACACUGAAUAUCAAAUUCUAUGAUAAACAAGCUGCUUUUCAUGCUGCAUUGUGUGAUUCUGUUGAUACUCCAUCAGCUCUCAGUCACAUGAAGGAUCUUGUUCGUGAAACAAACAUAUAUGUGAGAGAAUGUCAACAUAAUGAUAGACAACCAAACCAGAUACUGGUUAGGAAUAUAGCCAUUUAUCUUACAGAUCUGUUAAAAAUGUUUGGAGCAAUUUCUGGAGAACAAACUAUUGGUUUCUCUGUUGCUGAAGCUGGUCAAGGCUCUGCAAAUGUGGAAGAGAUUGCCUUCCCAUUUGUGUCAGCAUUUGCACAGUUUCGUGAUGAGGUACGAGCAAUUGGCAGGCAGGAGAAAGUGAACAGCCUGCUUCAGGCAUGUGAUAAUGUACGAGACGAAGUCCUUCCACUGUUGGGAGUUCGGCUGGAGGAUUUAGAGGGAAAACCAGCUGUUGUCAAGUUUGUGGACAAAGACAUCUUGGUUAGAGAAAAACAAAGAGAGAGAGAGGCAGCAGCAGAAAGUCAGAAAACAAAGGAAGAAGCAAAACGACGACAGCAAGAAAAGCAGGCAGCAAAAGAUGCUCAGAGGCAAAUUCCUCCUUCAGAAAUGUUCAGAAGAGAAAGUGACAAAUACUCACAGUUUGAUGAAGAGAGUAUUCCCACACAUGACGUUACUGGCCAGAAACUCAGUGAGAGUCAGAGAAAGAAGUUAAAAAAGCAGAGGCAAGUACAAGAGAGGCUUUAUGCUGAGUAUCAAAAGUCUGUUACAUGAGAAACAGCUGACAGUAGGAUCGUCAUCACACUACAUGCAGUUGAAUGAACGUUUUGUGUUACAGCACCAGUGUAUGUCAAAACACGUCAACAACACGUGCA